AGCCAGUUUACAAGGGUAGAGACACAGUUUAAAGCUAGAGCCACAGGUAUAAGAAUGUAAUGUUCUUAUAUCUAGCGGCAAACAAGGUACAACACUGUCUGAGUCUGACUUACUGAGCGUGAGCUGAGCUCACUUCACCAUUAACCACACUAGUAAAAUGACGUUUGUUUUGUUUGACAAAUAAACAGACAGUGGCUUGGUGGAGUGGAAAAACGGCUUGCUUGUAAUCAACAUAAUCGUUACAGUUACUACAAAUAGUGUAUUUAUUUUUUUAGAUUAAUUAUGUUGAUUUUUAAGUGUGCGUUAAUUGUAUUGACAUCAACGUACGUCCUAUCCCUCUGCUUUCAAGUUGCAAAAGAGACCAAUUCAUUGGACAUUGGCCUUGCUUUUUUGUAUGUUGCCAGCGGAGUAAUAGCUGGAAAAAUCAUAUAUGACAGAUAUCAGCAAAUACAUGUGCUAGGCUCACUAACACCCAACCCUAAUGUGACUUCCUAUGCCAACCGGAUAGCUUCCUUCUCUGCAUCAUUUGUGUCAUUGGGCUUGACAGUAUAUUAUUUUCUCUUCCUGUUUAAGGUGGAUAACCAUUGCCUCACAGCACUCACUAUUUUUAUAUGUGGUUUUGGAACUUUAUACAUAUGGAUGCAGUGCAUCAUUACGACGUACUUUUCGACACUGUAUUAUGACAAGAGGCUGACAGUGUUUCGGCAAUGCCUGGCCAAUUUGAGCUUCCUUCUGCUGGUUGUCAUGGCCACAUUUGGUAUCGUCACUUCUUUUUUACCAAGAAGUGGCUCUAGCGGGAUAUACCUGAGUCUUCUCAUCACUUCCUUAUGUAGUUAUACGCUUCUAGCUAUAUUUUGCAUAUAUAUUUUAACUUUCGAAAAGGAGUACGAAUAUUUUUCCGAGGGAUUGAGAUCUCAACUGGUGCUACACGACGGUUGUUCGCCGAGCAACGCGUCGCUAUCUGACGUCGACAGUCUUUACAACGAAGAGCUCGUCUCCAGCGCCAUCGUCAUAAAGGGAAACAUCAACCGCGCUAAGACCUCUUGACAGGAGGCCGUGCCCUCUCUGGGCACGGACAUCCCAGCCAAGACACCCAACUCGAUAUUCUAUGGUAGUUUUGGCCACACUAAAAUAGAAAUAAACAAAGAAAAUAACGAAACACAAGACAACGAUAGCGGCAUGUCUUCAGAA